GAAGCUCAACAGUGCAUUGAUUGUGUGACAGGCUGCUUCGACCACGCUACCACAACUAGCAACGAACCACCAUGCCACUACCAUGCGCUUACGCCGCGGUCUCUCCUGGGAAGACAGUUCUCAGUGAUAAUUGAGAGGGAGUACGAAAGAUUCUGGUCUGGUGCCUGCCGUGCACGGGGCGUAACAGUUACUCGAUGACCAUCAUCUUCGAUGACGACGCUGUGGAUGGCAAGACGUGGCAGACUUAACCCGAUGCCGCUUGCUCAAAGUUGAAGAGGGCACAGGAUGAAACGCAUUUCCACGCAAUACAAUCGUCAUCGACAUUAAUCGUCCCAUCCCGAGAAGUUGCAUUAUUUAGGGCAGCUAAUGCAUCAUAAGACCUCGAGGAGUCGAAGUCAAGCGGAAGCGAGGAAUUGAACGUUUUAGCACGGGUAAAAAGUCUGAAUGCCCACUGAAUCCCUCGACGGACUAAAGUCGUGAUUGAGUGGUGUAAAAGGUACAGACGAAGACUAGGCUAAAGACUCCGCUAGAAAUGUCACUCAGAGAUUGGCCGCCGAGACACCGCAAGAUCUUGUCAAUCAUCUCAGGAAGGACUCCAGCCGACCAUCGGCAGAGUACCGUCCGUGACGGCGUGAGCCGGCUGCACCGGCGCAAUCGUCCUCCCAUUCGCUGCUUAUGAGUUCAUUUGUCGCGGAGCUGUAUUUGAUCAACUGCCGCUCGCUGGGCAUCCAGGGCCAGCGGGGACUGCAGCGCGAUUAACGCUCACGGCUCUGACUUUUGACUCGCCUUGCCUUUUUACGCCCCUCUUCCCCAGUGCACCUCCCAGGCUCAGGCUCCAGUGUACCUGUGUGCUCAGUCUGGAGACGCACUACACUCAUUUCCACGAUUGCUCUCCAAUAAACAAAGUGCGUCAACGAGUGGAGACUUCCAGCUAUGAGUACCAUAUUGAGCCCAACUAAUGUGUUAAGCCGCUAACCAAAUUUAAAGCUCAGAUAAACCGUGGAUACUAAAAACAAAUCUACGAAUGGCUGAAGGCACUUCUGGUGGUAACUGAUUGGGCGCUGAUUUGUCCAAAGAGCGACGACCGGAACGAGGAGAAAACUGUUUAUUAUUGUACACAAAUACUGUUGUGAAGCUUACCUUUGGAAAAUUAGAAAGAAUGACAAGUAUGGCUACCACUUCCACCUAUGACCAACUGAUGAACUAUUCAAGUAAAGGUGACACAUCAGUUAUGGCUCAUCCAGGAAGGGUGAAUUCGUCUACAGAGGGCGCCCUCAACACCACAAUGGAAAAUGCCUUUGCUGACGGGGAGAACAGAUACCUGUUUUAUAAGGAUUUCCAACUAAUUCUCCUGUGGGUCCUGCUUGCAUUGAUACUCCUUGGAAACUCUACGGUGCUCUUGGCCCUGUACGUUAUCAGGCACAAAAAGUCAAGACUCAAUUUCUUUGUUGCUCACCUGGCUCUCGCAGAUUUGUUGGUGGGCGUUAUCAAUGCUGGGUUUGAGAUCCUGUACAGAUACAUGGGCGAAUUUCAAGCUGGGACAGUGUUCUGCAAGAUUAUACGCUAUCUACAGGCGUUCGUAAUCAAUGCUUCUUCCUUUCAACUUGUCGCACUAAGCUUGGACCGAUUUUUUGCCAUAGUGUUCCCCAUGGACUUUUCUGGAAGCGGCAAGCGGGCCAACCUUAUGGCGGCCACAGCGUGGAUUGCACCUUUCUUCGUCUCCAUUCCAUCAGCCAUAGUCUUCGAAGCAAAAAAUGAUACCCGAGGACAGACUCACUGCUUCCCUACCGUCCUUCAGCCGGAAUCUUGGCAAUAUAAGGUCUACUCUCUGUACGUCGUCUCAGCGUUCUUCUAUAUCCCGCUCAUCGCCAUCAGUACGUGCUAUAUCUUCAUGGUGGUAUCCAUUUGGAGGCGGAGCAAAUAUAUGAUGGGGCGAAUGCCAGACAAGGCAAAAGGACGGGCAAGCAAAAUAGCCUGUAAGGAAAAGGAGCCGAUGAAGCACCGGGCCAGCUCUAGAGGGCUCAUUCCUAAAGCAAAGAUCAAGACACUGAAGAUGACAGUGUGUAUCAUUGUGGCAUUCAUUUUGUGCUGGUGUCCUUUCUCCAUCUUCUUCACCCUGGACGCCUUCGGUGUCAUCUUCAUCGACGAGAAAAACCUCAACACUGCGUUCCGUGCCGUGGCCUUCAUUCAGAACCUGCCGUAUCUCAGCAGCGCGAUCAACCCCUUCAUCUAUGGCUUGUUCAGCACCAAAAUCUGCCAAGAACUCAGACGAUUCCGAGUCAUCAAUUGGAUGGCCACCAAGCUGCGGUGCUGUAAGUCCUGGAGACAGACCCGCUACGGCCGCUCGACGACGCUGCGGACCGACACCAACCUGACCGACAUGUCCGAAGGGGCGAGCGGGGCCCACCGCGGUCACAGCCGGCCUAUGUACGUCUACACACCCGCCAGGACGAGUAACAGUGACAACUCUAGGGAGAUGCCCAACAGUGCCAUGUGAAUCGGUCGAGAGAAGGUGUCAGCGACAGGGGCAACAUCCGAGGGUGUGUUGAGGUGGACACUUGAGUAAAUUUGAGACGUUUUAUGUGUACAGACAAUUAAGUGUUCCUGUUCACGGUUGAGGGUGAAGGUUUCUUUUAGACAAAUGCUUCAUAGCAAAAUCAAUGCCGGGAUAAAGUACGACAGGUGAAGGUUUUGAAAAUUGAUCACCAUGCAGCCCGACUUUAAUAAGUAGGCCUAAGUGAUGAAAAAUGUCGAGAGAGAGGUGUGUCAUUCGUAUGCAUGAAAUAAAGCUUCUGGAGAGUGGCUCAAGUCUUCUUCCCACUUCAAACUAAACUAGUCUGUAAAAUUUUUACUUCGGUUUAAGAGCUGAUGAAUUCUGACACGCGCCAUGACUUCAACAACGAGGUUGGUCGGUAUAAACUUAAAUAUUGUUCAAAACAUGAGGUAAUAUGAACACUGCCCUCAUACGUUUAACUUCUAGGGAUGAAUACUUUUAGCGUUCUUUUAAGGAUUUUCCUUUGCUACCGUUGACUGUUUUUGUAAUUUAGUUUUGUGUGCUGUCUCCCCCUUGUGCUAAGUUGCGGCUAGUUUUCCAACGUUCAUUUUAGUAGAAACUGUGAUCCUUUUUUGUACGUAGGGCUUAGCAAGAAACUAACCAAUGCACGGCGUGGAAAAUGCCGUUUGGCUUGUGUAGUUCUGAAGCUCAUAUUGUGAGCUGAGUAUUGUUUGACCUUUGCAGGUAAACACCAACUAUUUUAUCAAAUGUGUUAUGUGCCUGACUUGGUGUUUGAAUUGGAGAUCUGUUCUACAGAUUGUUGUAUUAAUAGAUGACCGGAGGCACUGUUGACUUCGUGUGUGCCUGCAGAUAGUUUUCAGGUGCUUUUGUAAAAGAACUACUGUGCUCAUAUCUUGUCCAUUUGAAUUGAUUACAUUAAUAAUUGGAGACAAUUAGAUAACUACCACCUAUAUAGUAGUGUAGCUAAUAACACGAAUCACUGUUACUGUGGAGUUCUGUAUGUCUGCAGGAAUAGUCCUUUUCCACUACAGUAUCUUGCGAUAAACAGGACCUACAGUUGAUAAACUCAACAGAUUUAUGAGACUCUAACGACAAAACAUAAUUAAGUCUUUUGGUGUAGACUUUUAAUCUAUUUUUAUAAUUCAUGACUUCUUAUGGAUAUAAUUGUUUAGAUGGUAUACGUUCAUUGUAUAGUGCACCUUAUAAUGCGUGGAAUUGGAAUAUACCUGAAUAGAUAUUUUCAAAACAAGCAACUGAGGUCGGCCUUGAUUUGAGGUCUAUUUGGCAACACUUUCAUUUUAGUUUUUACUGUUUUCAUACCUUUGUUCGGCACUCCACGUUUUAAUCUGUCAGUUGUUCAUAUUUCGCUGUGCACAUUCUAUAUUCGUUUCUACUUUUGAUGUGUAAACAAUCGACAAUAUUACACAGACGUAUUCUAACUAAUGAAAGUAACAUCGGUAGUAUUGUCUUACUCUUAAAUGACACUUGAGUCAGUGACUUCAAAUGUUUACUUACGUCUACUUAUGAAUUAUAUUUAUGUUCAGUUUAAUAUACCCACUUGUUAAAACUUAUAUUGCUAUGUAAAGCUCACCUUCCAUAACAUAUUGUGAAGGAUGGUACUGAAUGCUUGACUACAGAGUGGGGAAGUUCUUCCCCGACUGCUCCAUAGCCUAGGUACGAGGCUCAUUAUUCAUUUAGAGGUUCUUGUCGUGUUUUCAUCGCAAUCAUGAUUUAGAUAUUGCGUUUAGUUACAAAGAAAUGAUUGGUAUUUUGAAAGCAUUGUGAUAAUCAUUAGCGUAGUGUAUAGACUUUCAUACUUUGGCAGAAUAGCAGUGGAUGAGGACCGCGUGUUUCCUAAAGCUAUCUUAACUUUCAUUUUCCAUUGUUUUUCAAUCAAAUUAAAAGUUGAACUUGUUUACUUUUUAAAGCUCUCAGGUUUGCACUCUGCCUAAAAUGGUACAGUUGGCGAAUUUUAACGAAACAAGUUUAUUACGCCGUGCGCAGUUGUUGACCUAAGGUUGUAUCUUUUUCAUUGAUACUUUGUUGAUAUUGGCUGGAUUUUUUUCAAUGUCAUCUUCAUAGACAUUGAAAGUUGCCCACAGAAAAUACAUUUCUUACCAUUUUUCGGUCAUAUAGUAAAAAGCACAUGCUUUUGCCAAUGGGUAAAAUACACAUUGGACCUACAAGUCCCUGUCAAUCACUGUGCCUAAUCGUACAAAUUCAUUCUUAUCAAGAACAUUUAUUAAUUUAUGUAUUUAUAUAUUUAAUCAGAGUUUCGGAACAACAACCACAUUAAUUUUGCACCAUGACAAUGCAACUGAAAUUUUCAACUUGUCAAUGACAUCACAACGUCUUGUUAUCAAAACAGAUAAGACCAGUUUACUGGGGGUUUUAUCAACAAAUAACAGAGACGCGUACGGCAGCAUAUUACUGCCAACGCAAAAAAAAUCUAUCACGUGUAAACAACUUAUUAUCUCAUUUAAAUGACUUAUACUUUCGUUUAAACAAUUUUGCUAUAUCGUUUUAACGACUUAAUAUCGCGUUUAAACGAGAGAGCUAUGUCGCUUUAACGAGAGGAUAAGUCGUUUAAAUGAGAUAAUAAGUCGUUUAAACAAGAUAAAAUAUUUUUUCGCGUUGGCAGCAACACGCUUCCGUAGAUACGUAUUAUAUCCAUUGCAUGGAUGUUUCACUGAACAUUGGUGGUGACUUGUCGCUCACUAGACUGGCACCUAGUCCCUUCAUCUAUCUGUUGAUUCUUAGCUAGAUGUGCAAAUGUCUUGACACGGAAUAGAGUUAUGUUCUUACAUAACUGUAACAUGCAAUGUGACACUAAAAACGAUAUGAAGAAUAUUGUAUCAGGCAGAAUUGUUACAUAUAGAACUGAAGACAGUUUUCACAAUUUAUUUCUAAACACGUUGUUAAUACAAGUGCAUUCCUUGUAACAAUUUCAAAUUAUUUGGAGCAACUUAAUUGCACAUGUACAAGUGUCUCUAAUUGACACCGAUGUCAAAUUCAUCUGGACUCUGGGAUUUUGUUGCCAGGUCAUAUUCCAAAAUACAGAGGCAUACAGGCAAAAGACAGGAGGGAUUGCACUGUCUAAACUUUUACACAAGCUUCCACCAAUCUAUUUCAGGUAGUAAAAGACCCAGAAAUAAGGAAAAGCUGGUGAAAAAUAGGAUUAACGCCCGUGUUCGAAGAGCCCGAUUGUUGAUUCCGUCUUCCCUGUCAAUUCAGAGGGAGUCACAGGCUCAGACUUAUCCUGAAGCAUGGUCGGGGCAGUCAUUCUGCACGUGGCAGAAGUAUAAUUGAGUCAUUCACUAUUCAUUCAAAUGGCUAAUCACCAGUAGCAGGUAGAUAAACGAUAGGACAGAAUGAUAGCUUUUCGACUAAUGACAGACUGAUGGGUUUUUCACCGUUCGUUUCAGUCGCUUGCCACCUGACACGAGUAUUAGCCUCGAGCAGAAGCACCCCCCUCAUCGGUUGAAAAGAGCCAUGUUGGUGGGGGGUGUUCGUUUUGUUGGUAGCGUUUGUAUUUCAUAGUGGUUCAUGAUCAAGCGAAGGGCAGUUACAGCCAAAGGAGCCUCCGUUGCUGGGAAGAUUGCGCCCUCUUGGUCCAGCUCGGGGUGGAUAGAUUAAUGUGAUGUAAUUCCCAAACUAACUUACCUCCAACCUGUGACAACUGCAUAAGUUGGCAUUACGAUUACAGUCAGGUGAACCAGUCGGAUGCAUUAAUGCAUAGUAUAAUUCAGGUCAGACAUUAUGAAUGAUAUUAAUGCGAAAAAAACAUAUGAGAAUGUUUAUGUUAUUAGAAAUUCAUAUAUCCUAUUCAUAAUAUGUACAGAUGUGUAUAGUGCAAAAUGGUGCCCAAAAGAGGCUACUAUAUAACUAUGUAAAUACAGUAAGGAUAUUGGUAAGUUUCCGUGAAUUAGCAUGUACAAAACAAAAUUUUAAUAUUACUGUUGAUGGUUGCAGUUUAGUAGAAAAGAUUUACUUGUAUGCUAUACACUAGAAGAAUACAUGUACAAUAAAACGUGUAAAAAUA